GUGGCAAGCUCUCAGACAACACAAGUGGUUCAAGUGGCAAGCUACCAGACAACACAAGUGGUUCACGAGGCAAGCUCCCAGACAACACAAGUGGUUCAGGUGGCAAGCUACCAGACAACACAAGUGGUUCACGAGGCAAGCUCCCAGACAACACAAGUGGUUCAGGUGGCAAGCUCCCAGACAACACAAGUGGUUCAAGUGGCAAGCUCCCAGACAACACAAGUGGUUCACGACGCAAGCUACCAGACAACACAAGUGGUUCAGGUGGCAAACUCUCAGACAACACAAGUGGUUCAGGUGGCAAGCUCCCAGACAACACAAGUGGUUCAGGUGGCAAGCUACCAGACAAUACAAGUGGUUCAGGUGGCAAGCUCCCAGACAACACAAGUGGUUCACGAGGCAAGCUCCCAGACAACACAAGUGGUUCAGGUGGCAAGCUCCCAGACAACACAAGUGGUUCAGGUGGCAAGCUCCCAGACAACACAAGUGGUUCAGGUGGCAAGCUCCCAGACAACACAAGUGGUUCAGGUGGCAAGCUACCAGACAAUACAAGUGGUUCAGGUGGCAAGCUACCAGACAAUACAAGUGGUUCAGGUGGCAAGCUACCAGACAACACAAGUGGUUCAGGUGGCAAGCUCCCAGACAACACAAGUGGUUCACGAGGCAAGCUACCAGACAAUACAAGUGGUUCACGAGGCAAGCUACCAGACAACACAAGUGGUUCACGAGGCAAGCUACCAGACAACACAAGUGGUUCACGAGGCAAGCUACCAGACAAUACAAGUGGUUCACGAGGCAAGCUACCAGACAACACAAGUGGUUCACGAGGCAAGCUACCAGACAAUACAAGUGGUUCAGGUGGCAAGCUACCAGACAAUACAAGUGGUUCAGGUGGCAAGCUACCAGACAACACAAGUGGUUCACGAGGCAAGCUACCAGACAACACAAGUGGUUCACGAGGCAAGCUACCAGACAACACAAGUGGUUCACGAGGCAAGCUACCAGACAACACAAGUGGUUCACGAGGCAAGCUCCCAGACAACACAAGUGGUUCACGAGGCAAGCUACCAGACAAUACAAGUGGUUCACGAGGCAAGCUCCCAGACAAUACAAGUGGUUCACGAGGCAAGCUACCAGACAACACAAGUGGUUCAGGUGGCAAGCUACCAGACAACACAAGUGGUUCACGAGGCAAGCUACCAGACAACACAAGUGGUUCACGAGGCAAGCUACCAGACAACACAAGUGGUUCACGAGGCAAGCUACCAGACAACACAAGUGGUUCACGAGGCAAGCUACCAGACAAUACAAGUGGUUCACGAGGCAAGCUACCAGACAAUACAAGUGGUUCACGAGGCAAGCUCCCAGACAAUACAAGUGGUUCACGAGGCAAGCUACCAGACAAUACAAGUGGUUCACGAGGCAAGCUACCAGACAAUACAAGUGGUUCACGAGGCAAGCUACCAGACAACACAAGUGGUUCACGAGGCAAGCUACCAGACAACACAAGUGGUUCACGAGGCAAGCUACCAGACAACACAAGUGGUUCACGAGGCAAGCUACCAGACAACACAAGUGGUUCACGAGGCAAGCUACCAGACAACACAAGUGGUUCACGAGGCAAGCUACCAAACAACACAAGUGGUUCACGAGGCAAGCUACCAAACAACACAAGUGGUUCACGAGGCAAGCUACCAAACAACACAAGUGGUUCAGGUGGCAAGCUACCAGACAAUCAGCGACAGUGGUGGGAAAAAACUUCCACAUCACCCAUAAAUUGUUAA